AUGGGAUUGGGGUACCUGGGCUAUGGUCAGGAGGAGUUGAUGAACAGCAGCGUCUACAGCGUUCUGCACGUGGGGGAUCACGCGGAAUUCGUGAGGAAUUUACUGCCCAAAUCACUGGUGAACGGCGUCCCCUGGCCGCAGGACCCCUCUCGCCGCAGCAGCCACACCUUCAGCUGUCGGAUGCUGCUGCGACCCCCGGACGAGGCCGGAGCCGAAAACCUCGAGGCGCGACAGAGAUACGAACUGAUGCAGUGUUUCACUGUGGCACAGCCCCGGGCGUUCCGGGAUGAUGGAGAGGAUUUCCAGUCGUGCCUGAUCUGCAUCGCCCGGAGGCUCCCGCGCCCGGCGCCUGCCCCAGCUGAGUCCUUCGUCACCAAACAGGACACCACAGGGAAGAUCAUCUCCAUCGACACGAGCUCGCUGCGCGCCGGGGGCCGGGCGGGAUGGGAGGAUCUGGUCCGGAAAUGCAUCUACGCCUUCUUCCAGCCGCAGGGCCGACAGGCGUCCUACGCCAAACAGCUCUUCCAGGAGGUGAUGACCCGCGGCGCCGCCUUCAGCCCCCCGUACCGCUUCACGCUGAGCGACGGCUCCGUGCUGAGCGCCCAAACCAAAUGCAAACUCUGCUGCCCCUCGGGCCCCGAGGCUCAGCCCUUCAUCAUGGGCGUGCACGUCAUCGACAGGUGAGAGAUCCU